GAUCUUGGGUUCGAUCUCCAGCUUGGGCAUGCAACAAUAUUAAAAUUCUUAAGAGAGUUUGUCAUCUAUUUGGAUUUCACAUGGCUCGAGGGAUUAGUUUAUGUGCGCAGAGGAUAUCGAAUUAAAAAAAAAAAUGAAAAAAAAAACAGGUUUCGAAAACUCUUGGCAACUCAGCUACAUAAGCACUACAGAUACACAGUGCAUAAAGCUACAUUUGCCACGAUUUAGCAAAACCAGCUAUUCAUUGCCCCUCACUCUAUCUAAUAACACAACCAUACCCAACUCUUCUUCUUCCAUCUUACAAGCACCAUCUAUUUUAAGCCCAUUAUUAAAUCAGCUUCAACCAGCGCAUUGAACAUAUCACUCUGUCUUUUUCAUUCAGCACACCCACUGUUUGUGAAAAUGCCAUCAAGAAGGAAGAAACGUUUUGAAGCUUUUUGUACCUCUCCAUGCGUUGUUCUGAUUUCAUAUGUCAGUAUAACAUUGAACUCCCAUUGGUGAAUUCUCGUGGGCAUGCUUCAACCCAAUUUCAAGACAUGGGCUUCCAUCAUUAGGAGCUUAUGUGUAGAUUCCAGGCACAAUGAAGCUUUGUCCUUUUUCCAUCAUUGCUUGAAGGAUAGUGCAGCUUUUAAGCCAGAUCAUCAAGUCCUUGCUGCAAUUCUCAAGUCUUGUUCAGCACUUUUGGCUUCUAACUUGGGAAAAUGUCUGCAUAGUUCUGUUGUUAAACAAGGUCAUGAUUCUUGCCAUGUUACGAACAAAGCAUUGCUUAACUUGUAUGCCAAAUGUGGCAUGCUUGAUGAUUGUCAAAAGAUGUUUGAUCAACUCGGUCACUGUGAUCCUGUUAUUUGGAACAUUGUUUUGUCUGGAUUUUCAGGGUCUGGUAAACAUGAUGCUGAUGUGAUGAGGGUGUUUAGGAGAAUGCAUUCAAGUGGAGAGGCUAUGCCGAGUUCUGUUAGCGCUGCUAUUGUUCUUCCUGUUUGUGCUCGUAUGGGGAAUCUGUAUGCUGGAAAGAGUGUGCAUGGUUAUGCUAUCAAAUCUGGUUUUGAAGUGGACACAUUUGCUGGAAAUGCUCUUGUAUCAAUGUAUGCAAAAUGUGGUUUCGUGUCUCAUGAUGCAUAUGCUGUCUUUGAUAGCAUUAUUCACAAAGAUGUUGUUUCGUGGAAUGCAAUGAUUGCAGGUCUUGCUGAGAAUGGGUUGUUAGAGGAAGCAUUUUCAUUGUUCAGUUUGAUGGUGAAAGGACCUAUACAGCCAAAUUAUGCAACCGUAGCCAAUAUUCUUCCUGUUUGUGCUUUGUUCGAUGAGAAUGUUGCCUACCGUUGUGGAAGGCAAAUCCACUCGUAUGUGCUGCAGUGGCCUGAAUUGUUGACUGAUGUUUCUGUAUGUAAUGCUUUGAUGAGCUUCUACCUAAAAGUUGGACGGACGAAAGAAGCUGAAUCUUUGUUUUGGGCAAUGAAUGCAAGGGAUUUGGUUUCUUGGAAUGCUAUUAUUGCGGGAUAUACAUCGAAUGGUGAAUGGUUAAAAGCGUUGCAAGUAUUUGGUAAUUUAGUGUCUCUAGAGAUGUUAUUAUUGGAUUCUGUGACCAUGGUCAGCAUACUUCCAGCAUGUGCACAAUUGGAAAACUUGAAGGUGGGGAAAGAAAUGCAUGCAUAUAUUUUCAGGCAUCCUUUUCUUUUUGAAGAAACUUCUGUUGGAAAUGCUUUAGUUAGUUUCUAUGCAAAAUGUGGCUAUAUAGAAGAAGCAUAUAACACAUUUUCUAUGAUAUGUAGGAAAGAUUUGAUUUCAUGGAAUUCUAUUUUGGAUGCCUUUGGAGAGAAGAGGCAUCAUUCAAGAUUUCUCAGCCUGUUACAUUUGAUGCUUAAACUAGAAAUCAAACCCGAUUCUGUUACGAUAUUGUCCAUAAUCCAUUUUUGUUCUUCUCUUUUGAGAGUAGAAAAGGUGAAAGAAAUACACAGCUAUUCAAUUAGGAGUGGAUCAUUAUUAAGUGCUACUGCGCCGCCAACUGUUGGGAAUGCAAUACUUGAUGCAUAUUCCAAAUGUGGUAACAUUGAGUAUGCAAAUAAAAUAUUUCAGAAUCUGUCAGAAAAAAGGAAUCUGGUCACAUGCAAUUCAUUGAUAUCAGGUUAUGUGGGUUUAGGAUCACAUCAUGAUGCUAAUAUGAUAUUUAGUGGGAUGUCAGAGACAGACCUUACCACCUGGAAUCUAAUGGUUCGAGUAUACGCUGAAAAUGAUUGUCCUGAGCAAGCUCUAGGAUUGUUCUCAAAGUUACAAGCUCGAGGGAUGAAGCCUGAUGCGGUGACUAUGAUGAGCCUCCUCCCAGUAUGCACACAAAUGGCAUCAGUUCACUUACUGAGCCAGUGUCACGGUUACAUUAUACGGUCUAGUUUUGAGGAUCUCCAUCUUAAAGGAACCCUCUUAGAUGCUUAUGCAAAAUGUGGCAUCAUAGGCUGUGCAUAUAAGAUAUUUCAAUCAAGUGCUGAUAAGGAUCUGGUUAUGUUUACUUCUAUGAUUGGUGGGUAUGCUAUGCAUGGUAUGAGUGAAGAAGCACUUGGGACUUUUUCUCACAUGCUCAAUUUGGGAAUCAAGCCAGAUCAUGUUAUAUUUACUUCAAUAUUAUCAGCUUGCAGUCAUGCUGGUCGUGUAGACGAAGGACUGCAGAUAUUUGAUUCAAUAGAGAAAGGCCAUGGUAUGAAACCAACUAUGGAACAAUAUGCUUGUGUGGUGGAUCUCCUCGCUCGAGGUGGCCGCAUUAGUGAAGCGUAUUCAUUUGUGACUAGGAUGCCGAUUGAAGCUAAUGCAAAUAUCUGGGGGACAUUGCUUGGUGCCUGCAAAAUCCAUCAUGAGGUCGAAUUGGGUCGUAUUGUAGCAGACAAACUCUUCAAAAUUGAAGCUAAUGAUAUUGGAAACUACAUUGUAUUGUCAAAUUUGUACGCAGCAGAUGGUAGAUGGGAUGAGGUAACAGAGGUAAGAAAGACGAUGAGGAACAAAGAUUUGAAAAAACCAGCAGGAUGCAGCUGGAUCGAAAUUGAGAGGACAAAUAACAUUUUUGUGGUUGAAGAUUGUUCCCAUCCACAAAGAAGCUUGAUUUACAGUACACUGUAUACAUUGGAUCAACAAGUAAACGAACCGUUGGAAUUUUAGCUCAAUCUUGGAUAUGUGCAUUAUGAAUAUAUGUAUUUGUUGAGCCAACCCACCAAAUUUUUUGAAUAUGAGAAAUAUUUGUAUAGAACAUAUAGUAUAUCUUAAUAAAGUGAGUUGACUAAACUAAUCAACAACAUGUGCCAUACAAGCGAUAGAGACUCGUACGGGUGUCUAACACCAAUGCUUGACGAACAUUGAGAUAUGCAUAAAGUAAGGAGUACAUGUGCUUCGUAGCUCAGAACUGGUUCUCAUUUUUCUCGGUUAUUCAUAUUUGUCUGUUCACAUAUGGUUCUCAUUCACAAGUAUCAAGGAGGAACAGUAUAACGGCGAGAAAAUUGCAGUAUAAAUUACUCAAUCACCAUCUACUAAUCGAUCACAAUCAACAAAAUACAAGAAAAAGAAACAAGGAGCAAAUAUUAAGUUGACAAUAUAACCGAGUUUCUUUUUUUAUCAUUGGGUUAAAAAAGACUCGGUGAAGUUGCAAAUUGUCUAGGAAUAGUCGUAAAGAUGUAUUUGAUGAUUCAAGAAACAUUAUAAACAUUACAAAGAGUGUUUUGCAGCAAAAUAUUACUAUCUAAUAUCUAUGUUACAUUAGUCCUUAAUAU